UUAUUUUUUUAAAUCAGAGGGUGAAAGGUGAAAGUUGAUCCAUAUUGAAAGUUUUCACGUGAAGACAGUCGAGAACGCGUUGUGAGAUGCUGCGCUAUGCCUUUGCUUGCGGAUGUCGGCUCGCUAAGGGGUUGCAUUUGAGAAGUGGCGUGCAGCAGCGUGUGCCGCAAUGGCUGGCCAGAAGGGGGCGCAGCACUGCCACGGUCCAGGCGACCGUCCCUAACGCAGCCACGGAUCGGAUCGUGGGGAGCUGGCUGGUAGCCUGCAGUGGGAUGGUGGUGGGGGCUGUUGUUCUCGGAGGGGUUACCAGAUUGACCGAGUCAGGUCUCUCCAUGGUCGAUUGGCACCUGAUCAAAGAGAUGAAGCCUCCAAGCACCCAGACAGAGUGGGAGGCAGAGUUUGAGAAAUACCAGCAGUAUCCAGAGUUCAGAAUAAUGAACCAUGGCAUGACGCUGCCAGAGUUCAAGUUCAUCUGGUACAUGGAGUAUUCUCAUCGCAUGUGGGGGCGCCUGGUGGGUCUGGCCUUCAUCCUGCCAGCCGCUUACUUCUGGAGGCGGGGCUACCUAAACCGAACCAUGAAGGGGCGUGUCCUCGGACUCUGCAGCUUUGUCUGCUUCCAGGGACUGCUGGGCUGGUACAUGGUGAAGAGCGGUCUGGAGGAGAAGCCAGACUCCCACGAUGUCCCACGGGUCAGUCAGUACCGGCUGGCAGCACACUUGGGCUCGGCCCUGCUCCUCUACUGUGGCAGCUUGUGGGCAGGGCUGUCGCUGGUGCUGCCUCAGCACAAGCUGCCAGACACACGACAGAUUACUGUGUUGAGGAGAUUUGCUCAGGGGACCGGUGGCCUCGUCUUCCUCACUGCUCUCUCAGGUGCCUUCGUGGCGGGGCUGGACGCUGGCCUGGUGUAUAACUCCUUCCCUAAAAUGGGGGAGCGCUGGAUCCCCGAUGAUCUGCUGGCUUUCUCUCCCACCCUGAAGAAUUUCUUUGAAAACCCUACCACAGUGCAAUUCGAUCAUCGCAUACUGGCAAUUAGCUCAGUGGCUGCCAUCACUGGCCUCUACCUGUUCUCUCGGAGGAUCCCGCUGCCCAGAAGAACCAGAAUUGCUCUCACCUCCCUGUUGGCCAUGGCGUACAUGCAGGCUGGCCUGGGCAUCAGCACCCUGCUUCUCUACGUCCCCACACCUCUGGCUGCCACUCAUCAGUCGGGGUCCCUGGCACUGCUCUCCCUGGCAAUCUGGCUGCUGGCAGAGCUCAGGAGAGUGGUCCGAUAGACCCUGCUGCUGGAUCACCUGCUCCCUUUCUCUUCAAGAAAGAGGUCCGAUAGACCCUGCUGCUGGAUCACCUGCUCCCUUUCUCUUCGAGAGAGGUCCGAUAGACCCUGCUGCUGGAUCACCUGCUCCCUUUCUCUUCAAGAGAGAGGUCCGAUAGACCCUGCUGCUGGAUCACCUGCUCCCUUUCUCUUCAAGAGGGAGGUCCGAUAGACCCUGCUGCUGGAUCACCUGCUCCCUUUCUCUUCAAGAGAGAGGUCCGACAGACCCUGCUGCUGGAUCACCUGCUCCCUUUCUCUUCAAGAGAGAGGUCCGGUAGACCCUGCUGCUGGACCACCUGCUCCCUUUCUCUUCAAGAGAGAGGUCCGACAGACCCUGCUGCUGGACCACCUGCUCCCUUUCUGCAUUGCUUGUAUUGGGAAACAUCAUCCUCUACACAAACAUCCCAACUCUAGCUCACAGGCUCUUGUCUGUUUCCAUAAUAAUUUCACUGGCUAGCAUGUUAAGAUUUAUAUUGUAUAUCGUAGUACUACAAAGAAGCUUAGUGCGGUAAUACAUUUAGAUAUGCAUUUCAAAGAGGGGUCUUGUUUAUGAAAGCCUUUGAUUCAAACCUAUCACCAUUUUAUAACUAUUUCUUUAUCCAUCUCCUCUCUAGUGGACUUCCUUUAAUUCCACGAUUAUGCCACCAGAUGGUGACAAAGGAUACAGUGCAGGCUUGAUUAAAAUCAGAAAAGGGCUUUUUAAUUCCUACUGAAUGAAUGUUAUUCGUGAAGAAACACCAGCAGUAGGUUUAUAUUGACAAGAAACACAAAGAAAGCCUCUUGGAGUCCGGUUGCUGUGAACACGAACCAGGGGGUCGCAUCCAAACUUCUUAUUUGAUUUUGUUAUUUCAUUUGUAAAUCCAGUUUGCUUUGCAGACAGUGCCGUGUUAAUCUCUCACUGCAUUUGCUAAAGAGUACUGCCCAGUUUUCUUAUGCAUAAGACAUUGUAAAAUAUUGUAAAUUAUACAAAUAAAUAAUGUCCUAAACCUUG